AUGGCGAGUCAUGGCAAGGUGGAGACUAGCCAUCAACAACCGCCUCUCUUCGCUCGACUUCAGCACAGGAUCGCCGCUGGAUGGAAGCGCAGUCGCAUUAGUCAGCGGAGUGAAUACUCCGUGGAGCGUCUACUAGCUUUUCGAGAUUAUCAUCGGACUACCUCCGCCACCAGAGUCAUUGUCGUUUGCGUUCUAGCGCCGAUCCCAGCAUUGCUAGUGGCUCUUGGGAUUGAUUGCAUCCCUCUAAGACCUCCAUCCGAAGGAUGGCGAGCCAAUUAUGCCGUUUGGAUUCGAUUGUGUGCCGCUAUGUUUUUCGAAGCUCUUGGCGUGGUAUGGCAAGUGAGAGAAGUCAUCAUUUCAGGAACGAUCUCAAAUACUGGAGCUAGUAUAAUCGCACUAGGCACAGCCGUCAAUUGUGUGCUUGUUACCAUUGCAGUAGCAGAAGCGUGGAAGUUCCCCAUCCCGUUUGGUUACGUGCUGAUGACGAACGUGUAUGUGCUGAUUUUCUGCACUUGGAUGAUUCUGGGCAUUGGCCCUCGCGUUCUAGCUAACUCAACAGUGCUACGCCAGCAAAUUAAGGCCCAAUUAUUUAUUAUCGCCAAUCAAGGGAUUGUUGUCGUAUGCUACCCCGUAUUUAGCGCUGUGUUCGAUCGAUUGUCGGCAACACAACAAGGUUUUUUCGUCUUCUUGAUGCCGAUGAUAAAGUUUUUUACCAAGCAGAAUAUCGCAAAUGCAGCCAAAACUUCGCACGAGUACGUCGGACCAAUCGUUGUUUUCUCCGUGGAUCUCUUCAACGUGUACUACGUUGCAAUCUGCAUGCAAUCGGCGAAAUCGCUAGUUACUACGUUGGUUAUCAUAUCAACGGACACCUUUUUCAUUGUGAUCGCUCUUCGCGCCAUUUACAAACGAGUUAAUAGUCUAGACGCAAAUGACACAAUAUGUGAGGGCAAUUAUCUUCAAGCUCUACUCGGACUAGUGAGAAAAGUGUUCCAGGAAACGACUUUUUCACGCGAUUCAACGCAGCGAAUUCGACUUCUGGCGCCAUUUCCACUUCGAAUCUCUGACGAAAGCAGCGCAUGCAUGAAAACACUUUCGAAAACUGCGAGAUUGCCUAUCAAUUCCCGAAUUUCGACUAAAUCCUCCGGGCGUCAACCCAGUAAAAACCAAUCCAUGACAACCAUAGCAGUCUUACCGAAGAAGACUCAGGUUGCCCCAGAUAUCCCACAUAACACACACGACCCAAAGCUAAGAGUAACACCGUCCUCUGUUGCCAAACUCAACAAUAUUCUGGCUUCUAAAGCCAGAGAGGAGAUUGUUCAUGAUGCGCUGCAGUCACUUUUCCACUCGGAAUAUAUACUACUGGCUGAAUAUAUUGAGCUGAUGGUCCCCAUGCUGUAUUCGCUCUACCUGGUGGUGCUGUUCCACCUCCCAGUAGCGGCCUAUUAUCCGCAUACGGCAUCGAUGACGGUGUCCGAUCUACAAGGGGCUGUGAUGAGUAUUCUGGCUUAUGCGGUGAUUGAGUUGGUAUCAUUUACGGUACUCCUGGUUCUAUUGUGGCGGAAGUUUGGGUUUUCGCCGUUGUACCAGUUGGCGUUCGUGUUGGAGACGCAGGGUCCAGCCCUGCAGGGAUACCUCUUUGUAUGGACUAUCACCAUUUUGCAUUUAAAACUGGCGCAUUAUGGUACGUGGGAGAAUGGGUUUUUGCCUCUGGAAUUGUACUGA